UGAGGCCAGUAUAAAGAUACUGGGUGUCUUCCCUUCUCUCUGGGUCUCGACUUGUGGCGCCAGGCUUAUCCCGCCCUCCUGAGAAGACUUUUUAUGAUCUAUUUUUAAAAUUAGCUUGACCCUGACAGGAUGCCGUAAUGUUUGUGUUUGGUGGUGAUGAAAAUGGCGGACGACCUGGACAGAGUACGAAUUUCUGAGGCUGAAUUACGGGCAGAGGCGUCGAGCAUUGUUAUAUCUAGAGACAACUUGAAAGUGCAAAAUACAACUAAAAAAGGUCAGCGAGAGGGGAAAAGGCCAGAGCUCCAGAGGUACGAUCCUGGAGCAGCACAGACACGCAGAUGCAACGAUACAUGCACUUCAGAGGAGUCUGUAUCAGAUACUUCCAUUAAAAUUCCUGCCAGCUCUAUACCAGGUUCAGGCCUGAAAUUCACCAGCAGUGAUUGCCAGUCUGAACUGAGCAAUGCUAAUUUUGACUGUAGUGAUGGGAGUGCAUCUUUCAGUCAGCAACAUGUCAGAAGGAACGCAGUUAAAAAUAGUGAACUCUCAAGCACUGGAACACCUGGUUCUCCAAAGCUACGGAAAAUGCGGAAACCUGAUCGUGAGAUAUACCAGCCUGGUGGGCGAAGGGGUCAAGUUUAUAGAGACUGUGCCCCAACCAAGGAGUCAGAGCAGAUAUCACAAGAAUUGGUAAAGGCAGAGGAUACUACAAGUAAUUGGUUGAUGGGCUUAGUUGACCAUUGUAAAGAUAUACAUCUGGAAGAAGAAAAAAGAAAUGGGAGAGAAAUCAAGGAAAGCAGGAAAAAGCAGGUGCUAGGAAAACAAAAGAGAUUAGACUUGUCUUCUGCAAACUUUGAUCAGCCUACUGUUAACAAUAUAGGUGAUAAAGUGGAGAAACUCAACAUUAACAGCUUCACAGCCAUAGAACCAGAAAAGAAGAGUGAAAAUGGUAGAAGAAGGGUAAGUAGUGAGGAUUCGAAGAACAGAACAGGAGUGGGAGGAACAGUUGAAGAGAAGGAGAAGAAGGAGCAGGAAAAACGAAGGUCCAGAGAGGGCAGGGAGAGAGGGUCCAAUCAAGCUUCAGCAAAGAGGGAGGAAGGAGAGGGAGGUGAAAAGAGUUUACUGAUACACCAGCUAGAAAAAAAGACAAAGUUAGAAGGAAAAUUUCAGUGUGGUGUGCAAGGAAAAUAUGUUGGUCAAGAUCAGAGCUUGAAAAAAGAAAAACACAAAGGGAAUCAACCAGUAGAAAGUGACAGCGAGAGGUGCAGAACAGCUCAAGGAACACAAUCUAGCAAAGUCAACUGUUCUUCAAAGCGCUAUUCCAAAUCGGACAUCAGACGGCCUCGAAACCGUACCUACAGCACAAGUUCAGCCAGCAGUGGCACCAGUGUGGAUGGGCCAGUAGAGUCUGAAACUGACAGGACUAAUGCAGAAUGUGGUGUGGGAGAAAGAGGGCCAAUUCCCAACUCUCAUGAAAAGAUGAUAGAGGAGCUGAAUCAGGCCAUGGCAGAUGCGCCCAGCCAAAGGAGAAGGACAGUCAAAGACAUAUCAUCCGCAGAUUCCUUUGAGGACAAUGAGGGAAUGGAGAGAGAUGGAAGAAGAGACCUUGGAGCCAACACAAAUAAGAAUGACAGUAGAACAUCAAAAGGGAAUACCAGAGGAUUGAGAGGAGCCUUGAUUGGUGGUCAAGGUAGUGUCUUGAGUGUUUCUUUGGACAGACAGUCUGGCACAACCUCAGGAACCAGGGAGGACCAAGCCAAGUGCAAAAAUCAAAGUGCUAGAGGCCGAGGCAGAGGCAUUCUGGUACUCCCAACAUACACAGAACUAACCACAACCUCAGAACCUGGAACUCUCCAUAUGUGUGGGACGAGGAGCAGCAUAGGUCGAGGAAGAGGAAGUCGUGGUGGAAGUACUAGGCGGUUGUGGGACCCUAACAACCCUGAUAAGAAACCAGCUCUGGCAGGAAGCCAACAAUGCCAGCAGUCCUCUCUCCGACAGCCACUGUACUUGCAGCAUCAAGGAGGAUACGGGCCUCUGCACUUUCUGGACACUGAUGAUGAAGCUUCUGGGAGCCCUCCUGUGCACCAGGUGGAGGACUUUCAAAGCCAGCAUGCUGCCACCAUGGCGUAUUACAAAUAUCAGAAUUCUGACAACCCUUACUGCUACCCACUACCAACCAAUGCUCCAAACACACCUCCAUGCUACACCUAUUCCUAUCAGCUCCCGUAUCAGUUACCGUGCUCUAAUGGGGUGUUCCCGAAUCCAGGCAUGGCACCUUUUUAUAGUGUGUAUGGACACAGUGGUCAGGUUUACCCAUUUACAGGCAUCAGUUUUAGCCCAGAGGAGACAGAGGUACAGACAAGAGGGGAACUCUGUAAACUUCUACGAAUGGCUGACAGCCAGGAACUCCAGCUCAGCAACCUGCUGUCCAGGGAACAACUUAGUCGAGAAGGAUUAGAUAGGAUGGCCCAGCUGAGAGCUGAACUCCUGACAUUGUAUGAGACUGUAAUUCUAACAGACAUCGAGUUCUCUGAUGCACAGAAUGUGGAUCAGCUACUGUGGAAGAAUGUGUUUUAUCAGGUCAUUGAAAGAUUCAGACAACUUCUGAAGAACCAGGAUUCAGAUACAGCUCCCCAGAUCAGGGCCAUGCUUCUAACCAUACUGGAAGAGGGGGCAAGGUUUUUUGAUUUACUGCUGCUGAAGUUACAAACCAUAUUCCAGUUUAAUCUAGAAGAUUACAUGGAUGGAAUGGCAAUACGUGCGAAACCUCUACGAAAAACUGUGAAAUAUGCUUUGAUUAGUGCCCAGCGGUGUAUGAUCUGUCAAGGAGAUGUUGCGAGAUACAGAGAACAAGCAAAUGAUUCUGCUAAUUAUGGCAAAGCACGCAAUUGGUACCUGAAAGCACAGCAGAUUGCACCAAAAAAUGGACGACCAUACAACCAACUUGCUGUCUUAGCAGUGUACACAAAGCGGAAGCUGGAUGCUGUGUAUUACUACAUGCGUAGUCUGGCUGCCAGCAAUCCAAUCCUCACAGCCAAAGAGAGCCUGAUGAGUCUGUUUGAAGAAGCCAAGCGCAAGGCUGAGCAGAUUGAGCGCAGACUGAAGGAGGAUGUGGAAAAUGGCACACGUGGCCCACGGGGGCAUGGAACAAUUCGGGGUCAGGAUGCCACCCGGGUGGAAAUCUGGAUACGCCCCUCUGUGCAUCCUGGAGUGGCAUCUCGCAUUGAAGGCAGUGAGUCUGCCAAAGACUCUGAGCAAGAUGUUGGGCUGAGGGCACUGAGUGCAAAUGAUCUAAAUAAGAGAUUUGUCUUGAGUUUUCUUCAUACUCAUGGAAAACUCUUCACUAAAGUAGGGAUGGAGAGCUUCCCAGCUGUGGCCACUCGUGUGUUGGAGGAGUUCCAGGUCCUCCUCCAGCAUAGUCCAUCUCCUCUGGGAAGUACACGCAUGCUUCAGGUCACCACAGUCAACAUGUUCACCAUUCACUAUGCUUAUACUAGAGAUAAAGGGCAGGGAGAGGCUCGUUCAGUAUUGGAAGAGCAGUCUACCUCUUUGGGUUUGGCCAUGUUUGGGCUACUGGUGAAGCGUUGCACUGAACUUCUUAAAGAAACACCUGCAGAGCCUAUACCAUUGGAGGAGGUUAAUGAAGAAGUGGAGCCCAUGGUGCGAGUGUCCACUUUUCCAACUGACCUGCGAGCACUCCUGCCAAGUGUUAAAGUCUGGUCUGACUGGAUGCUGGGCCACCCAGAGCAGUGGAACCCUCCACCACGCAAUUUUGAUGGCAGUCCUGACGUAUGGCAGUGCUUGGCAGAACUGUGUAACUCUUUGGCAUCUGUGUAUCAUGGUGAGAUUCCACUCUUCAAGGCAGAUGCUGAUGGAGAGAGUGAUGAGUUGCAACUCCUGGUGCUGGAGGAGGACAGGAUGCUGGCUGGGUUCGUUCCCUUGCUGGCUGCUCCACAAGAGCCAUGCUAUAUUGAGCCCCAUUCAGAUACUGCCAUAGCAGCUGACUGUAAGAGAGUGACUGUGCUGAAAUACUUCCUCGAGGCCCUUUGUGGCCAAGAGGAGCCUCUGCUUGCGUUUAAAGGUGGGAAGUAUGUUUCCAUAGCAUCGCUGGCUGCUCCUAGCCAAUCAACUGAGCACAAGACCCAACUGCAGAACAUUGAGCCAUGUCAGGACAGCAGUGUGAUCAUGGAGGAGACUUCACUGUCCACAUCGGAAGGAGAGAUGGAUGAAAGGAUUGAUGAACAUGAAAAUGAGAGUGAUAUUCGAGAGCUGAGAGCUCGGCGCUGUGCUUUAGUGCACAAACUUGCAGAACAACAGAAACGGAGAGACAAAAUAAAGGCUGUGCUACAAACUGGAAGCCAGUUGGAGCUGGAGAUCAGGCCUUUCUAUCUUGUCCCUGACACCAACUGCUUUAUUGACCACCUGGAGGGAUUGAAAAAGCUGCUGGCAUGUGGCACAUACAUACUGGUGGUACCAUUAAUAGUGAUUACAGAGCUGGAUGGCUUGGCUAAAGGGCAAGAAUGCCGUGUUGUAGACUCUGUAGAUGAAGCGGCUCAUGCCAGGCUGGUGCAGGAAUGUGCUAAAGCAGCUGUGGCUUUCUUGGAAAAGGGCUUUGAGGCCAGAGAGCCUGGCCUACGAGCACUCACCAGCAGGGGAAACCAAAUGGAGUCAAUUGCCUUCCGCAGUGAGGACACCUCCGGACACAAGGGCAACAAUGAUGAUGUGAUUCUGUCCUGCUGCCUGCAUUACUGUCAAGACGAGGCUAAGGGCUUUAUGCCUGCUCAGAGAGAUGGACCAGUUCGCCUGCACCGGGAAGUGGUUUUGCUCACUGAUGACCGUAAUUUGCGUGUGAAAGCUCUAACACGGAAUGUCCCAGUUCGAGACAUCCCUGCCUUCCUUAGCUGGGCUAAAGUCGGCUGAACUAAGAGUACAGAUUUCCUCAUGUAAAACAAUGCUCAUCCUACCCUGCAACAGAGUGGAGAGCAAGAAUGUGGCACAGAGUUGGCAAAAGAAGGAGUAUGUUUGUAAGAAAGGGAAUCAGCAAAGCUUUGUCACUCUCAAAAAAAAGCAAAGAAUGAGGAAUUAAUUCAUUUUCAAGAGGGAUGAGUUUCUUUAUCCUCGUAAUAACAAUGCAUAGGGAGUAGCAAGAGAGUGUUUGAGAUGGUGAGACAGGUUGAGCUGGCAAGAGUCCUGUGCCUGUAAGGGAAGUGUGUGUGUGUGAGAGAGAGAGAGAGAGAGAGAGAGAUGAAAAAAAAAACAAUCGUGUGGGAAAGGAAAAAAAUGCUACAGUAUACAUGCAGGUUAUCAAUACUGAGUAGCUAUAAGUAGGAGAGGUAGGAAAGAGAUCUGUGAAACCAGACAAUAUUGAUGGAGAUCUUCCUAGAUGUGAUCACUGGUUCUCCACUGACGACCACAUUAAGAUCCACUUUGGGGUGAUGUGAUUAGUUCAGGGCAGAGAAACGAGACGAUUUUUUUCUCUCCAUGUCAUCUUUUGUUCCUGUUUUGUGGCUUGAAAGGCCUUUAAGACAUUUGACAUUUUUAAAAAUGUAUCCACUUUGUUUUAAAUUUAUUUUACACACACACACACACACACACACACACACACACACACACACACACACACACACACACACACAAUAGUGUGCCUCCCAUAGUUGUUUAAUAUUUUACCUGCUUAGUUUAUAUAAAUUUAUCCACUUUGUGUUAAAUUUAUUUUACUUACACACACAAAUAGGGCACCUCCCACAGUUUGAUAUUUUACCUGCUUAGGUUUAUAUAUGAAGGGCAUUUGCUUUGACCACCUCCUAGAGACCAGAUUUAUGACAAAGCAAAAUAAUUUUCUUGUUUGCACAGAAACAAUGUUUUUCCCCUCACUAGCAUUGAUCUUGUGCUCUCACUUAAACAUUCUUAUAUUUGGCAGUAAUUCACAAUAAAAUGUAAAUGCUCAGCUAAUUACGCUAUUUAUGAGCAUGUUUUAACUUGAUAGCCACAAGUUAUGAUUUUGUAAUUUAUACAUAAUUGUGGGUGACUUUAUUUUAGUAGCUGUAUUGUAAAAAUGUUUCAUACCAUGACUUUUGCCUCUGUCACAAAAACAGAUUGGUUUGCCUUAGAACGUGAUGUUUUGCAGCACCAAGAAGAAAGAUUCAUAUGACCUGAUAUUUGUUUUAUGGGCUCAGUGUUCUUGACCAUAGUUUCUUCUUUAUCAACUAUGGGCUGCUGUUUCACAGGUUUUAAAGCACAUGACAAUUUUCACAUUUUGGUUUAAUAAAAAUAAUUUGAAAUCUUA